AUGCGUCUCUCAAGACCCCUGCACACAUCAAUACGCAUCUACAAUACUUUGAUAUCAUUUCCACGAUACAAGUCCACUUCAAGCACCCCAGAAUCAGCAUUUGCAUCGCCAACAUGGCUAUCAGCUCGCAAAGCAAGCGAACUCCAGCAACUAGCACGCGCAACAGGAAUCCAAUCAUCAGGCACAAAAAGCGUCCUAACUCAACGCAUCUCAAGCUCAUUCUUGAAUCAACAUCACCAAACAAAUAAUCCUAAUGAUCCCUGGCGAGUCUUAAGCAUAGACAUGGGGAUCCAAAAUCUUGCAUUUGCACAUCUUGUCGUGCCAUGUCCUUUCUCUAUGGAUAUUCAUACCAGAACUACAUCUCCCGUUACGCCUCCUGCAUUAACUGCAUGGCGACGUGUUGCUGUUUCAGAAUUUACAAAAGAAUCAGACUUGUCUUCAAAAAUAGGUUCUGAAAUACAACAAACACAAACAGAAUCUACGUCAGCACUUGAAUUCACCCCAGCUCUUUACGCGGAGACAGCAUAUAAACUAAUAACGACACUAUUAUCAACAUACAACCCCACCCAUAUCAUUAUCGAACGCCAACGUUUCCGAUCUGGAGGCGGAAGUGCGGUGCAAGAGUGGACGAUACGAGUCGGUGUAUUUGAGGGGAUGCUGUAUGCUGUUUUGCGUGCUUUAAAGGCCGAACGGGGAUACGGGCCUUUUGUAGAGGGUGUUGAGCCAAAGAGGGUUGUGGGUUAUCUUGGAGAGAGAGAAAGGGAGGGAAGGGAGGCGAAAACAGCGAGGGAGGUUAAGAAGAUGAAGAUUGAUGUUGUGGGAAGGUGGUUGGAUAGGGAGGCGAAUGCGGAUGCGAAUCGAGUGCAGCGGGUGCUUGUUGGGGAGGAGCUGGAUGCGGAUAUGGUAGAUGGGUAUUUGAGGAGGUGGAAGGGGGUUCGGACGAAGGGUGGAGCUGGAGCUGGGUCUAAGAUUGGGAAGCUGGAUGAUCUUGCGGAUUGUUUGUUGCAGGGUGUUACUUGGUUGGAGUGGCAGGUUAUGCGGGAGAGGCUUGUUCGGGAGGGGAUGGGAGCUUUGGAUUCGUUAGAGCCUGAGGGGGUUUGA